AUGUAUGAUGAAGAAAGCAAAGUAAUUACUUCGAUUGUGAGCUUGAAUGGUGAAGAUAAAGAGAUAGUCAUCACAGAACAACUAGUACGUGAGGUGUUAGACUUUCCGGAUGAUGAGAAUUCACCGACGAAGUUUCCAGAGAGGAUGGUCAAGGGAUGGAUGUUAAGGAUGGAUCCAGAUCCAGUUGAUCAUCAGAAGUGGAGAAAUGAUAAAGAAAUUAAAGAGAGGAGUGCUGCAUAUGAGUUAGCUAAGUUAACAGAUUUCAAAGAAACAAGAACUGAGUGGUUUUUGAAAGAAGAAAAGAAGAAAAGGAGUAGAAAGACAACUCCUAAAGUACAAGUUGAAGAAGGUUCGUCGUCACAACCAAAGAAGCGUCAAAAGAAAGUUGUUGAGAAAUUAUUGGUCGAUGAACCAGAGGAAGAAGAACCAGUAGCUGAUGCUGAAGGAGAUCAUGUUCGUUUAUCUCCUGAAUCUGAACAAUUGUUGAAAUCUCUUAAAGAAAGUUUUGAAGCUGAAAAAGCAGCUGGUGAGAAUGAAGGUGACAAUGAAGAGAAAAGUUCAUCAAGCUCAUCUGAAUCAGAGAUUGAUAAAACUGAACGUUUGAAAAGAAUUAAGCUGAAUCCUAAACAUGCAUCAAAACCAAAACAACCUACACCACCAGAAUAUCAACCAUCACCACCACAUCAAUCACCACCAUAUGAAUCACCACCAAAACAAACUUCACCACCACCACCACAUCAACAACAACAAUCACCACCUCAUUCUUUAUCACAAAUUCAUAGCUCUACACCUACACAUGAACAACCUGUUAUCACCUCACAACAUAUUCUACAAACACCUCCAACCACACAACCACAAGUACAAACCACUCCUGGUUCUUCUGGUUUCAAGGAUUUUCCUCGUGUUCCGGAGAAUAUUGGUCUUGAAGAUAUUGGAGAUUUUAGUUUUGUGAACGAUGAGCUUGUAAAGAAGCUGCAACAGAAAGUGGAUGAUGUGUUAGUUGAGAAUAAGAAGUUGAUAGAUCGUGAAAAGAAGCUUGAAAAGCGUGUCAAGACUGUUGAAGCUGAGAACUCGUCUUUGUUGAAAAGAGUUGAAGCAGAUCAAGCUGACAUUGAUAUUCUCAAAGUUAGAAUUGCUGAGUUGGAAGAAGAAAAAGCUAGAAGAGACGAACAAAAUGAGUACUUCAAACUAAAGAACAAAGAGCUAGAGGCUACCAAUGCAAAGAAAGAACAUGAAAUGUAUAUGAUGAACAAAGUGUUAGAGAAUUUGAUUGGGAAACCUGUUGAACAGAGGUUUGAAGAGAUUGAGGUUGAAGAAGUCCGAGCUAGACGAAAGGCUGAGAUUGAAGCAGACAUGAAGAACAAGGGUAAAGGUAUUCAAGUUGAAGGUGUUUCUGAAGUAACUGAAAGGGCAAUCGUUCCGUCAAUUGUUCAUGAAUCACCUAUUCAAAAUCCUUGUUCUAUAUCUGCAGUUUCUGAUGAUGUGUUUUCUGCAAGUAGUCAUGAUGAUGAUGAUGAUGGGAAUGACGAUGAUCAAGAGAAUGCUGAAUGUGAGGGGGAGCAUGUUGAUGAUAAGGGUGUUGAUGAAAGUGAAAACUUGAUUCUACGUCUUGAACCUGAUGUAGAAGAAGGUGAAUACAUACAUUCUUAUACUUUAGCAGAGAUCAUCAAGUUAACACACAUUGAUGAAAGUACUUUCAAGUUUGAUUUCGAAGAAGAGUUGAACGAGUUCGACAUCAAUCAGUAG